AUGGGUGAAGAUUUAAAACAGACACAAUUCAAUCUCGAGCAAAAAAUUCCAGAAAUAGAAAUGGAAGUGGAUCAAAUUUUAUAUCCUGAUUUAAAUCAUAGAGAUAUUGGAAAGCAGGGGGGAUAUGGACCCUGUCCUGAUCCCUCUGAAGAAAAAGAAGGAGCAAAGCAAGUUCUUGGAACAGUAACUACUGGUAUAACUGCAACAAAUCCAGCGGUUGGUAUUGCAGCUUCAGCUGGUUUGGGAGCUACUGGAGUGGUAACAGAGGGCAUUGGUAAAUUAACUGGUAAUCAAGAUAUAAAGGAUGUGGGUGAAGUAUGGAAAGAAGCACCGGUACAACCAAUCAAGGAAGUAAAGAAAACAUUAGAUAAGUAA